AGCAGUCUGGAGAGGAGCCGCGUUGUUUUCGGGGCCUAUACUUCCGUCAUUUUAUAUCUCACUGGAUAAACACAGAGGAGGGGUUUUUUCUGCAUGUAACCGUGUGGCGCAAACUGUCGUAAUACCGUUCGGGAUUCAAUUGGAUAAAUAAAUCAGUGCUUUGCCGGAGCUAGGAAACUUAUUUUACACCGAAAGCUGCCCGGAUCUCGCCCCGAAAUAAGCAGACGUCAGACGUCGCUUGCUCGUUGCCGCUGUUAAAUUUCUAUCGCAAUCUAAUCACAGCAUUGUUUACGGGAUUACACUGCCGCUACAUGCACUAUGUAGCCAAGUGAAUGGCAUGCUGGUGGUAGCUGUUAGACGUUUAUCGGCUUUUUAGUUUUAAACACCGUGCCUUGGCGGAAAGGAGAGGAUUUCGUUUUAUUUAAGGUCAACUGACGAUGAAUGAGCAGGAGAGUGGGGUGGUCUCCUUUGAUGAGUAUGUGCGGCAGAAGGCCCGCACUGUGCCUCAGCACAGGAUGAAGGAGUUCCUGGAGUCUCUCGCCAAGGGCCCAGAGGUGCUGCAGGAGUUCAGCCAGCAGGGAGGGGCGUCCACCACCACAGCCAUGGUGUACCAGCAGCAGGGUUCCAACUGCAUCUACACCGACAGCACUGAGGUAGCUGGCUCUCUCUUGGAGCUGGCUUGUCCGGUACAGGUGACCUCGGCAGACAUUUCACCUCAUCUGUCUGUGCAUCAGGAGCCUGAACAGCAACUUCAAGUGCAGGUUCAGAUUCAGGAGCAGCAGGGCCAGGCAGUAGGCCAGGUUCUUCAGGUGGCCUCCCCCUCUCAGCAGGACCUACAGGGAAUCUCAGCAGCCCAGCUUGUCCAGCAGGGAGAGCUCACAGAGGAGCAGCAGCAGCAGAUUCAGGCGCAGUUGGUUGCUGCUGUAGCCGGAGGACAACAAAUCCAGUUGUCAAGUGGCCAACAAAUCCAGUUACAAGGAACACAGCAUAUUCAGCUGCCAGGGGGGCAGCAAAUUCAACUUCAGGCUGGCCAACAGAUUCAACUACAGGGUGGCCAGCAGAUUCAGUUACAGGGUGGCCAGCAGAUUCAGUUACAGGGUGGCCAGCAGAUUCAACUACAGGGUGGCCAGCAGAUUCAACUACAGGGUGGCCAGCAGAUUCAACUACAGGGUAGCCAGCAGAUUCAGCUACAGGGUGGCCAGCAAAUUCAGCUGCCAGGGGGCCAACAGAUCCAGAUCCAGACCAUAGAGGCAAUGUCUCCUUCGCAGCAACAGGACUCUCUCAAGGAGGCAGAGAGGAGGUCCGGCACUGUCUCAACUGUCGUCCAACCAGCCAAGAAGCGUAAGGUGGAUGUCCCUCUAGCUGUGUCAUAUGCCGUUACACAGGGCCAGCAGGUGGCCACUGUUCUUGCCAUCCCUCAAGGGCAGCAGCAAAGCUAUGUGUCCCUACGACCAGAUUUGCUCACUGUCGACAGCGCUCAGCUGUACAGCGCUACAGGAACAAUCACAGGUCCCACAGGUGAGACCUGGACCAUCCCUGUUUACUCCACUCCACAGCAGCAGGGUGUCACUCACAUUGCCAUACCACAGGAGACAUACAACACAGUGCAAGUUACCACCGCCAAUGGUAAGGAAAAAUUGUCCCCCAGUACCUCAGCAAGGUCUGCAGAUGUGCAGUCGGCCUCCGCUGGGACACAGGAAGAAAUAGUACAGACCCUGUUCCCUGCGCAGUUUAUGAACGGGAACAUUCACAUCCCUGUGGCAGUGCAGACUGUAGGAGGGACUUACAACACUACACAGUCGGUACACAUAUGGGACCCAAAUCAACAACAGGGCCAAGGUGAAGAGGAACAGCAGCUCCAUCUGCAGGGUCACACAGAGACGGAGGCUCAUGCUGAACCUCCCACAGAGAUUCUGGUUCCUGUCUGUCUAAAGCCUGAGGAAGGCCUGGAGGUCUGGCGCCUUUGGGCAAAGCGAAAAAAUGAGGAGAUGAACAAGCAGGAAAAGGCAACACUUGCACCUAUUGGCCGUCGUCAGCCCCUGCGUUUUCAAGAAGACUUGGUGUCCAGUGCCGUAGCCGAGCUAAACUUGGGUCUUUCCCUGAUGACGCACGAGGCACGAGGAUCAGACGAAGAACAAUUUGCAUCCGAUGUUCUAUACUAUGUUUUCUUGUGUAUACAAAAGUAUCUCUGCGAAAAUGGACGUGUGGAUGAUAUUUUCUCUGAUCCGUAUUACACACGUUUUUGUGGGUGUUUACACAAAAUCCUGGAUGGUUGGAAACCCAGUGUUCAUCCUUUAGGUUAUAUCAUUCCAAGCCACGUGACAGAGGAGAUGCUGUGGGAGUGUAAACAGCUUGGUGCACAUUCACCAGCCACAUUGCUCACAACUCUAAUGUAUUUCAACACUAAGCAUUUCCGCCUGACGACACCUGAGCAGCACCUGAAAGUAGCUUUCACCAAGGUCCUGAGAAACACGAGGAAGAACCCAGCUAACGCCAAGGACAAAGCAACCAGUAUCCGCCUUCUCAAAGGACAAGGUCCCCACAGUGCAGGACAGAAAGGAGCAGAUGAAAUGUAUGAAGAGCAGGUCGAGGAUCCUGAAAAUCCUCUUCGCUGCCCCAUCAAACUUUAUGACUUUUACCUCUUCAAAUGCCCUCAAAGCGUUAAGGGACGCAACGACGCAUACUACAUGACUCCAGAGCCCGUUGUUGCACCCAACAGCCCGAUGUGGUACUCGUCUCAGCCCCUCACGGGUCAGCAGGUGGAGCACAUGCUGGCCCGCAUCAUUGUGGUCCGAGAGAUCCAGGAGAUCAUCAGUGCCGGUUCAGACAACAUGAGCUAAACUGAGAGGACUGGCUGGACUCAUGGGAACUAGCUCUCCAGACACUGACUGUUGACUAUGCAGUAUCCAUCCUGACUCUAUAAACCUCAAUGAUUAUCUCAAAUCAAAUGGAACAGCUUCUGAAACAAUCAUCUCUCUCUGAGGAGUGUAUCAUGACAGCAAAGAUGUUUUUUUUCCUCUUCUUACAUUUUUUUUGUUUUCAGCUGAUGCGGUGGCCUGUUCUUUCUCUUGACUACCUUUGUAAGCCAUUGCCUCUGUAACCUUUGAAAGGGCAAGUAAAGGAGGCUUUAGUCUCA